GCUUCCACAGGGCGGCAAGCUCAGCCGAAACAUUCCGUCUGAAACUCAGCGCGUUAGGCGCCGAAGCCAGCGCGGAGAUAGCCGCCCGCGGCGGGGUGGGGCUGGAGGGGGCGGCGGCGCGCGCGGGCGCGGGGGUCGUGGGUGCAUACGCUCGCAGCGCCGGCGGACAGCGGGCCCGGGCGCACCUGGCCGCCGCACGGGCGCCCGACCACUGGCAUCAUGCGCUGCCGCUGCUGGCGUAUCAUAUAGCGCAUCAAUUAUGGGCAGUGAGCGGAGGGUUCGAGUUCGGAUGGUGGUUGGCUUCAAUCAACCAACCUCGCCUUGUGCAGAGCUACGUUGCGAUGCUGGAGCCUUGGUGCGAAUGGAAUGCCUGCUCACGGCAAUUCAUCUUGGGCUUAUCUCUGCUGGAUCUCGAAGACUCUGAGAGCGCUUAUACCGCGUUCUGCAAAGCGGCUAAAGGCGUCAGCACGGAACCUUUCUUGAGGCAGCUGGUUGCCGCCCCCGAUGCUCGGCUAACACAACAUCAGGCGUUGGUGUUAUAUUACAUGAAGGUCAUAAAACUCUUCGAAAUACAUGACGCGGGUGCUUGCGUUGUUCGUCUGGCUGAAACCGCCAUCAGUAUCGCCGACAAGGAUGAUCCGAAUUUGGCGAUGUUCCAAUGGCUGGUAUUCAAGUGGCACCUGUCGGGCGGGCGCGUGGAGCGCGCGCUGGCCGCCGCCGCCGCCAGCCCCGCGCCCACCGCGCGCGCCGCCGCCGCCGCCACGCUGCUCACCACGCUGGCAUCGCGCAAGCAACUGGGUGCUUUAGUGAAGUGCGCGGCGCUGGGCGCGGAGGCGGAGCGCGCGGCGGCGGCGCGCGCCAAGCUGCACGACGCGCACGGACACAACCCCUACUACGACUUCCUCUACGCGCUGCACGUCUCGCGACACCACUACCGCAAGGCGGCAGCAGUGAUGUACGAACGGGCGUCGCGCUGCGCAGCGGAGCGCGGCAACGACUCGAGCGGGCGCCGCAAGUGGCUCGCGGCCGCGCUCACGUGCCUGCGCCUGGCGCGGCCCGAGCACGCCUUCCUGGCGCGCCCGCCGCCGCCGCACCACGCGCCCGCCGCGCUGCAGGUACUGUAGUACACCCGCAGGCGCGCGUGGCUCGCGG